AGCUUCUCCGCUGCUCAACCUCAUUUCUCUUCUCUUGCAUACCUACUCUCCUUACGUCCUGUGUGACAUCUUGAUUUUGCUACCUGCUCUAAGUAGGUGACUGCGAGUCAGAAUAUCCAUCGAUCACUGCAUAGAGUGCACCCCCUCACGGCGUUUCCCGUCUCUACUUCUCCUCAUACUGCCAUCAUGCCUUCUCAACUAGCUACGGGCUUGCGCUUUGCGCGGAGGCUCGGUACCGACCCCAGCAAGCAUCAGCGAUUUCUUGCUCGUGCGUUCUCACACAGCAUCCGUCGGCCAGAGAUCAACAAGGUAGUCUCUUCCGCCGAUCUUGCGAUCAAGGAUUUGAAGCCCAACUCAACGGUACUGGCCGGAGGUUUCGGUCUCUGUGGUGUACCGGACACUCUGAUCAACGCGGUGCGGGAAAACCCGGCCAUCAGCGGCCUGACCGUCGUCAGCAACAACGCCGGAGUGGACGGAUCCGGACUGGGCCUUCUCCUCCAAUCCAAGCAAAUCAAGAAGAUGAUUUCGAGUUACGUUGGAGAGAACAAGACCUUCGAGCGCAUGUACCUGACGGGCGAGAUUGAGCUGGAAUUGACCCCGCAAGGCACUUUGGCCGAGCGGUGUCGGGCCGGUGGAGCCGGGAUUCCCGCGUUCUACACCCCGGCGGCCUGCGGCACCGUCGUGCAGACCGGAGAGCUUCCGCUGAAGCACAACGCCGACGGGACCGUGGCCCUGUACAGCCAUCCGCGGGACGUCAAGGUCUUUGACAAGAAGAGCUAUGUGAUGGAGGAGGCGAUCAAGGGCGACUACGCCUUCGUCAAGGCGUGGAAGGCCGACAAGCUGGGCAACUGUCAGUUCCGCUAUGCGGCGGCCAACUUCAACGGUGCCAUGGGCCGCAACGCCAAGACGACGAUCGUCGAAGCGGAGCACAUCGUCGAGGUGGGCGAGAUCGAGCCCGCGGCGAUCCAUCUGCCCGGGAUCUACGUCAAGCGGGUGGUCCAGAGUACCACGCCCAAGGGCAUCGAGAAGUUCACCUUCGCCAAGGAGGAAGGCGCCGACGAGGCCGCCGCGCUGGGUAAGGGCGAGACGGCCGCGAAGCGCGAGCGCAUUGUCCGGCGCGCGGCCAAGGAGUUCAAAAACGGCAUGUACGCGAACCUGGGGAUUGGCAUGCCGAUGCUGGCCCCGAAUUUCGUGGACCCCUCGGUUGAGGUCAUGCUGCAGUCCGAGAACGGUAUUCUGGGGUUGGGUCCUUACCCUAAGAAGGGACAGGAGGACCCGGAUUUGAUCAACGCUGGUAAGGAGACGGUGACGCUGUUGCCUGGCGCGGCAUGCUUUGGUAGCGAUGAGUCCUUCGGCAUGAUCCGGUCGGGCCGCAUUGAUUUGACGAUCUUGGGCGCAAUGCAAGUCAGCGCAAGGGGGGAUCUGGCUAACUGGAUGCUUCCAGGCAAGAUUAAGGGUUUCGGUGGAGCCAUGGACCUUGUCUCGAAUCCCUCUGCGACAAAGGUGGUUGUGACCAUGGAGCACACCGAUAAGAAGGGAAACCCUAAGAUCGUCAAGCAGUGCGAGUUUCCCCUGACUGGGAAGACUUGCGUCAGCCGCAUUAUCACGGAGCUGUGCGUAUUCGAUGUUGACUUCACUGACGGGUUAACGCUCGUCGAGCUGGCGGAUGGAGUCACUGUGGAGGAGGUGCGCAGCAAGACCGAGGCACCCUUCAAGGUCGCCGACGAUGUGAAGCCCAUGCUGUGAUUGGAUUCUGUUGCAUCUUUUUGGAAGCUGGAUUGACAGGGUUGGACAUAUUGUGUGAAAUUGCCUGACAGGUUCAGGUUGGAAGAUAUGGAUUGUAUUGUACAUAGAUGAAUAAGAAUGAACGAAGUAUUGCAAUUGU